GCUGGGGACAGUGACACAGCAGGAGGCGGAGGGGGCAGUGUGCCAGACCGGAUCCUUCAUGAGGGAAGGAGCCAGGGACAUCCAGCCAUCCCCGGCUUCUUUUUUCCUUAGCCAACAUAAUUAUUACACUGUUUUGCAAGCCAAGAAGCCCGAACAAGGGCCUGCAAUAGUGCUCGUAGGAUGUCCCGUCAUGAAGGAGUGAGCUGUGAUGCGUGUUUAAAAGGCAACUUUAGAGGACGGCGAUACAAAUGUUUAAUUUGCUAUGACUACGACCUGUGUGCAUCAUGCUAUGAGAGUGGAGCCACGACAACCAGACACACUACGGAGCAUCCCAUGCAGUGUAUUUUGACCCGGGUUGACUUUGAUUUGUACUACGGCGGUGAGGCCUUCUCCGUAGAGCAGCCGCAGGCCUUCACGUGUCCCUACUGUGGCAGGAUGGGCUACACGGAGAUCUCGCUUCAGGAGCACGUGGCCGCCGAACACACAGAAACGUCCACAGAAGUGAUCUGUCCAAUAUGUGCAGCUCUGCCGGGCGGGGACCCGAAUCACGUGACAGACGACUUUGCAGCUCAUCUCACACUGGAACACAGAGCACCAAGGGACCUGGACGAGUCGAGUGGGGUGCGCCACGUGAGGAGGAUGUUCCACCCGGGUCGCGGUCUGGGCGGGCCCCGGGGACGGCGCUCCAACAUGCACUUCACCAGCACCACCACCGGGGGGCUCUCCAGCAACCAGAGCUCCACGCAGAGCUCCAACUACAGCAGAGAGGCCAUGGACCCCAUAGCAGAGCUCCUGUCCCAGCUCUCGGGGGUGCGUCGCUCGGCGGGCGGCCAGCUGAGCUCCGGCCCCUCGGCCUCCCAGCUGCAGCAGCUCCAGAUGCAGCUGCAGCUGGAGCGGCAGCAGGCGCAGGCCGCGCGCCAGCAGCUGGAGACGGCCCGCAACGCCACGCGGGGCAGCGGGCGCACCAACGCCAUCCUCAACACCAACUCGGCCGCCAACCCCGGCAACAGCGCCAACCACAACCCCAACCCCAGCCCCAACCCGGGACCCCCUGAGACCAGCGUGCUGCCCAGUGCUCACAGCUCCCAGUUCCUACUCAGCAGGCUGAGCGAACCGCGGCUCUCGGAGGCGGAGCGGCAGGCGUGCGAGGCGCAGUGGGCAGACCGCAGCCUGUUUGUGACGGAGCUGCUGCUGUCCACGCUGCUGGCCGACCAGGACGCCUCGGCCACGUCCUCGGAGGACGAGGAGGAGGACGACGGCGGGCGCCACCACCGCCACCAGCACCACGCCGGGCCCUUGCGGAACUUCAGCGACUUCCAGGCCAUGGGCUGCGUGGAGGUCAUGACCCUGGACGUGGCGCUGGAGAACCUCAACCUGAAGGAGACGCAUCCUGCCGCCACCAAGACGUCGAAAAGCACGACGAAGACCACGGCGUCCAAGAAAGAGCCCCCCGCCCCACCGCUUUGAUGACAUGGCCGCCGGAAAGUCCCCCCCCCCCCCCCCCCCCCCAUCCCCGCGGAACGCACCUGACCCCCGACCCCGCCCCCUCCCUCCAUUAACGACCAUUGUAACUGGCCAGCCGACGUGUUUGACCAACUGCCAAUGGAUGAUAUAUAUAUAUAUAUUAAAGAAAAAAAGACUGCGGCUCUUUACGGCUUUUUUUUUUUUCUCAGUGAUUGUCAUUUCAGCUGUCGCUCCUGGAUCACCCCCCUCCCCCCGCGCCCGCCUCCCCCCCCUCCCUCCCUCCCUCCCCCUCACUUUUAUUACGUUUGUGUACAUUGACUUACAAAAGUAGCGAGACGCGAGAAUGUGCUAAAAGUGUGUAAGCGAGACGGGUGAGAGCGAGCGAAGGGGUGGGGGGAGAAAAUUUAAACUAUAUAUGAAUAUAUUAUAGAAAAUCUAUACGAAAUGUUGAUAAUCAAUUCCACGUAACCCAUGUUUCCUCCAGCAGAUGAGUGAGCAAAGUCAUGCGAACACACACGCACCUCACCCCAGGGGGGACGGAGAAGAUCGACAACCUCUCCCACCUAAAAAAAAAAAAAAAAAAAAAACUGACGCUGCUGUGUAUUUAUAGUUAUUAAUAAAGUAAAUGCUUGGUUGGUUGGUUUACCAAAACGUCAGCAUGUGCUUAAAUCACCAUGUGCCCAUUGUUAACCGCACAGCCACCAGACAGGAGAGGUCUCGCUCCACUCUGUACCGCCCCAAGCAAAUCCCUAAAGGUGUUGAAAGCCACAUCAGUGACCCUUCUGCCUCACACACACGCGCUCGGACUCUUGGUCGAGUUUGGUUCCAGUCAUAUCAAGUCCUGAUCCCAAAGUCCCUGGCCUGUGACGUAUGUAUUUGGUCGGGCGACCCUGCUUUGUAUCAGCCGUUGGGCACCUUUUUGAAUUGCAUAUUCACUCACGUGUUCAUCCUGUAUACACUACAAACGCUUAGAGAAAAAAGGCAACUAUACAACCAAGGCAGAGGAGAGAUCCGUAGUGCGUUAACAUAAAUCUCCUUCAGUGUGACUGUUUUCAGGCCUUUUAUAAUAUGGAGCAACAACCUGGUUGUGAUACAGUAGUUCUUUCUGUUCAAUUUUGUUUUGUUUUUCUUUCUUAAGACCAGAUGCUAGUCUCCAGCCUCCUGUGAUCUGAAAUUAACCCUCUCUCUCCAUUGCUCAUGAAUGCAAAGAUAAUGAAACGUGACUUAAUGGAGAGAACCCUGUAUGCUCUUUCCAUUAAUUUCUAAGUUUAAAAAAAGACCUUUGUACGCCUCCACUGCUACCUUAAGAAAUGCAAUGUUUUUGGCCUGGGACACGAGCCAAAUGACAGGGUAAACCUUUCAAGUUGGAGGACAAUAAAAACGUUUUGGAUGGAAAUUAACGAACAAUC